AUUUUGGUUCCGUUGGAAAUCAUGAACCCUGCGUAGGGUUUAUUCGUUUCUUUCCCCCAGUCUCCGCCCGCUCCUCUUUGCCACCAAACGCCGAUGGCUGCUCGGAAACAGCAGGCAGCGGCGAAGCCACCGAAUACCAAUUCCCAGAAGAACGAGAAGAGACGGUGGAAGAAGGUCGAGGAGGAGGAGGACUCUUCCAAACCUCCCCAAGAAAUAGAAUUCCUCGACGGCGAUUCCGCCUCCGAGGAGGAGGAGGAGGAAGACGGAAGCCAAGCGUCCGACCUCGACGACGAGCAAUCUCGAUCGGACGUCUCCUCUGAUGGGGAUCCCUUCACCGAUGACUUUCUCGGAGGCAGUGAUGAGGAAGGAGAGGAAUCGAGGUCAGAGUUGGACGAGUCUGAUUUAGAGGCGAAGUCGAGAGCGAUUGAUGAGGCGAGAGCGAGGGCAGAGGUGGAGGCAGAUGAGGAGUUGAGGCUCAAUAUAAAGGAAGAGUCGGAUGAGUUCAGAUUGCCGACAAAAGAGGAGCUCGACGAAGAAGCUCGUCUUCCACCAAACCUUCCAAAUCUCCAGCGGAGGAUAAAAGAGAUUGUCCGCGUGCUCGCAAAUUUCAAGACUCUGAGGCAGGAGGGUGCCUCUCGGAAGAAUUACAUUGAUCAGCUUAAGGCGGACAUAAUGGCUUAUUAUGGCUAUAAUGAGUUUCUAGCUGAUACUUUCAUUGAAAUGUUCCCAGCUGUUGAGCUUAUUGAAUUACUGGAGGCUUUUGAAAAGAACAGACCUGAAUGCUUGCGUACAAACACUUUGAAGACUCGGAGGCGGGAUCUUGCUGGUGUUCUAAUAAAUAGAGGGGUGAAUCUAGAUCCAAUAGGGAAGUGGUCUAAGGUUGGGCUUGUUGUGUAUGAGUCACAAGUGCCUACUGGUGCAACACCUGAAUAUUUGGCAGGGCACUACAUGAGACAAGCUGCAAAUUCUUUUUUACCUGUUAUGGCUCUUGCUCCCCAAGAAAAGGAACGAAUUGUUGAUAUGGCGGCUGCUCCAGGUGGUAAGACGACAUACAUUGCAGCUCUUAUGAAGAACACUGGAGUAGUUUAUGCAAAUGAGUACAAGGAACCAAGGCUCAAGUCACUACUAGCCAACAUACAUCGUAUGGGUGUGACAAACACUGUAGUAUGCAACUAUGAUGGGAAGGAGCUACCGAAGAUCCUUGGAUUAAAUUCUGUUGAUAGAGUAUUAUUGGAUGCUCCCUGCACCGGCAGUGGGACUAUAUGCCCAGAUCAACAAUCUAUUAAAACAUCCAAGUCCAUUGAAGAUGUACGAAAUUGUGCUUUUCUUCAAAAGCAACUGAUUUUAGCAGCAAUUGAUUUAGUGGACGCUAAUUCCAAAUCAGGAGGAUUUGUAGUCUACUCAACUUGUUCUGUGAUGAUUCCGGAGAAUGAAGCUAUUAUAGACUAUGCACUCAGAAAAAGAGAUGUCAAAGUUGUACCAUGUGGAUUGGACUUUGGUCGCCCAGGAUUCAUACGCUUUAGGGAGCAUAGGUUUCAUCCCUCUUUAGAAAAAACAAGGCGGUUUUAUCCCCAUGUAAACAACAUGGAAGGAUUUUUUGUGGCGAAGUUGAAGAAGCUAAGCAAUUCCAAACCAGCAGCUCCAGAAGCUCCCAACACAUCAGAAAAAACACAAGAGGCAGCAGUUAUCGAUGACGAUAAGGAUGUACAGAAGGACAUCCCAAGUGAAAAACCUGAGCAGCUUAAAAAUUCCAGGAAGGGUAAAGGAAAGAAAACGAUUGGUUUUAAAAGCGGGACCCACAAUGAAGGAAAGGUAUCGCCAUCCAAAGCCAAGCUGAGGAAAAAACGAAAGUUCCCUUCUAGAGAGGAAAUUUCACAAGCCAGAGAGGAGAAAAGGAAAGCCUUGAAGAAAAGAAAGGUCUGAGGAGCACAGUAUUGCAAGAGCAAGGGAGAACAACCUGAUGAAUUGAUGUGGGGAGGAGGGAGAUCAACUGGUUGCAAGCUAUCAACGGGAUUCAGAUCAGGGCAUACCAAAUUUUUGACUGUGAAAUUUUGUAUCUCCGAAAUAGUUUAGGGUCAGUCUUAUAUUUGUCCUGAGCCUUUGUGCUGUUAUUUCACAUUUUCUUUUAAUUUCUAAUGGAGGUUUGCCUGUCAGAACCACCGAAGUAUACCGUUCUACUCAUCGACAUACAUAUCUAAUCAUUUAGUGUUUCCAUGAGCUAUUCACUUGUACCAUGAAGGGAACUGCUUCUAUAGUUUCUGUAGAACAUGUCAGUGUACAAUUAUACUAUGAUUCCGGUUGUCUUCUUAUUCUUCA